AGAACAUGGGUGUGAGGAGCAGCUGCUGACACACAGGGGUGAACACCACAGGGACGUGCAUGACCUCAGCAGUGUAGUUCAUGUUCCCCAUCCACUCACACAGCUUCUCCUCAAACUGCUCAAACACAGGGCUGCCCUCCAGCUCUGUGCUCACGCUGUUAGCGAGCAGGUGCACAGAGUGAGCCACGGAGGUGAUGACCACACAGUACUGGAAGUGACUGAGGGAGAUGAUGUCUUUAAUGAUGUCUACGGUUCUCCCCUUCAGGAGAGAGCUCACCACAAACACAGCUUUCGGCUCGCUCACCCCGCAGGCUUCAAAGCUGGAGAACUGCUUCAGGUUUCUGGCCCCAGCCUCCAGCAGCAGAGCAGCUCCUCCACACCAGUGCAGAGCCUCUGUACACUCAUCAUCCAUGAAAACAACCGCCUUCUUCACCUUCGACAGCACCUUCUCCCACAUCUGCAGCGGGAAGCGCGUGAAGUCCUCCGCCGACGCCAUGUUUCAUCAAAGUGGAUUUAUGAAAUGCACAACAAAGAUCAGGAGGAGGAGAAAGAAGUGGCUCAGUCUCCUUCCAGAUCUGAGCACAUAGCUGAUGAUGAAAGGAGCUCGCAUGAAGCAGGAACAUCUUCUGGGGGUACAACAGACAGACAGAGGGAGCAGAGGCCUGUACUGCACAUUGACACAAAGAGACAUCCCAGUGAAGAUGAAAAUACUCAAGACAUCCCAGCUAAGAAGAAGAAGAAGAAGAAAACCCAGAGGAAGCCGUGGAGGGAACCUGGUGCUGAUAUCACCGAUUACUUUAACUACGGCUUCGAUGAAGAGAGCUGGAACAUCUACCAUCAAAAACAAGCACAAAUCCACGCGGCCAAUCGGAAACUCAUCGGCUUAAGCAUGGUCCAGAAGGGGCGCUCUACUCCUGAGGAAAGAAAGCCUGCUCCUUCCUCCUCCUCAUGCCCUGCACCCACACUCGCUCACAGACGGUCAAGUUCCUCUCAUGUGAUUGGUCGACCUCGGCUCUGCAGAUCAGAAGAGCACGGAUGUUUCACUUAUAAAGGAGACCAAUUUCAGGUGGUUAAAGAGACGUUUGCUGAGGACAGCAUCACCUCUUACAUCCUGCCCUCUUCACCCGAUGGAGGCUCUCUCUUUGGAUAUAACCCUCUGCCACGUUUCCCUCUCCGACCAGGACCCUCUCCUCUCUGCCGCCGUGCUUCAGACAGUGAAAACUCUAAACGUCACGAUGAGCCCUCAACUUCAGGGACUCGAAGCUCUUCAGGUGUGACAUCCUUAAUCCAGCAGAGAGGGGCCUGCAGCGUCGGAGUGAUCAACUCUGCCAAGACCUGGGAACGCUUCAUACAGCAGGAGCAGUGUGAGGAAGACAGCUCCAGAGAGCACAGAUAUGAUGGAUAUAAGAGAGGAGGCAACGACAGAGAAUGGGAGAACAGUUCCUCUGCAUACAGCAGGAAGGAGCCGAAGAAGCGAAAGAAGACAAAGAAACCAAAAAAGAAGAAGCAGAGUUCAGAGAGAGCGAGCGAAGGAACAGAAGGAGGAGAGGAGAGGAGGCACAGAGACAAACCAGACGGAGGGGAAAAAUCAUCACACAGUGGAAGCAGCAGGAGCAGAGGAGACACUGAAAAGGACCAAGACAGUCAGAGGAGCCACAAACCUAAAAAGAGCAAAAGAAAAAAGAAAGAGAAGGAGGAGAAGAAGACUUUCUGUGCCGAUCCAGAGAGGAAAUUACCGUCUGAGUGACUCUCAGCCUCCUGAUCCGUCUAAUGAGCAGAGCUGCCCCGUGGCAUCGCUGAGAUGAUUUGAUGUUUAUAUUUCAUCAAAAUGUUUCAUCAGCUUUCCUUUUCUUGUUUUUCUCUAUUUGACGAAUGAAUUCUCUCACACGAGUCUCUUUUUCCAAUGACUUUAUUGAUCAUUUAACCAAAUGUACCAUCAGAUAUACUACACAGGCCGAAGCGUGACAGACAGAACCACAGCAGACGGGCCCCAGAACCGCCCACACACAAACCAAGUCAGAUUUUUUCUCUUAAAAGUAAGAAAAUGAGUAAGGCCUCCACAACGUCACCUAAUUAAAUAUUCUUUUAACAUCUUAUGAA